AGUAUAGCUCGGUCUUGAUGUCCUAGCGUGGACAUUUUCAGAUCCCCUUGUAUUGCUGAGCUUGCUGCUCUGUUUUCUUAGUCUCUUGUUUCACUAAAAAGAAAAGAAGAAGGUGGUUUGUGCAAAGUCUUCGUUAUAUCUACUUCCACCUAGAUCACAGCUAGGGAAAAAAAUGGAGAUGGACUUAACACCAAAGACAGCACAACCAGUCACUGAAGUAGAUGGUGGUGGUUACUACAGUUGGACAAGUUCUCAAGUACCACUUCUGGCUAAGACCAAUGUGGGAGCUGGUCGCUUAGUACUUCAGCCUAGGGGCUUUGCUCUUCCUCAUUAUGCAGAUAUCUCCAAAUUUGGUUAUGUUGUUGAAGGGACUGAUGGUGUAGCUGGGAUGAUACUUCCCAACACAGGAAAAGAGGUGGUUUUGAAGCUCAAGCAGGGAGAUGUGAUACCUGUACCAAUUGGAGCUAUUUCAUGGUGGUUCAACGAUGGAGACUCAGAUCUCAUCAUUACUUUUCUUGGAGACACUUCAAAUGCUCAUGUUCCUGGCAAUUUCUCCUAUUUCUUUCUAUCUGGAGUUCAAGGAAGUCUAGGAGCUUUCUCCGCAGAGCUAACAAGCAAGGUGUACCAUUUGAACAAUGAUGAUGAGGUGAACAAGUUAACAAAAAGCCAAAAUGGGAUUCUGAUAAUCAAGCUAGAUAAAAACCAACCCAUGCCAAAACCCCAAAUUGACCUCACAAAAGAGCUAGUCUAUAACAUAGAUGUUGCACACCCAGAAAUUGAAGUUAAAAAUGGUGGAUUAGUGAAGACCUUAACAGAGGAAGAGUUUCCUUUUAUUGGGGAUGUUGGAUUAAGUGUGAUUAGAGUGAAGCUUGAACCUAAUGCUGUUAAGGCACCUUCAUACCUUCUCAACCCUGCUGUUCAAUUGAUUUACAUUGCUAGAGGAAGUGGCAAGAUUGAAAUUGUGGGCUUGAAUGGAAAGCUUGCAUUGGACAGUCAUGUUGAGGCUGGUCAUUUGCUUCUUGUGCCUAAGUUCUUUGUGGUUGCUCAAAUUGCAGGGGAAGAAGGAAUGGAGAGUUACACUAUGGUAACAACUAAAAAGCCUUUGUUUGAAGAGUUCUCUGGUAAGACAUCAGUUUGGGGCUCCUUAUCACCUGAAGUGCAAGAAGUGUCUCUUAAAGUUGAUUCAGAAUUUCAAAAGCUUUUCAUAUCCAAGGUCAAGAAAGCCUCAAGUAUCAUCCCCCCUUCCUCUUGAAUGGUGCACUCCUGUAUCAUUAAAAAUAAUGUAUUAAAAACAGUAUUGGCUUGUUCCUGGGUCAAAUUAAACAUUUUAGCUUGUGGUUGUGAUA